UUAUUUUCCAAUGUUCGUUCAUGAGUUAAAAUAGCUAAUAUUUGUUUUUCUCUUAAGAUCUAAUCUUGAUCUUAGUUUUCGGAUUCCUUGUCCAGUAAUUCAUCUGUUCGUUAUAUGAAUGAUAACUUCUGACUUGUUCGUGGGUGCUAUUGCGGUAGGUUUCUGAGUAGGUUUCUCUGCCAAAUUGAGGAUUUUUCAUAGGAUACCUAACAUUCUUGAUUGUUUCCCGUAUUUCUUUAUAACUGUUGAUCACUGUACUUCAUUAUUUUUACUGUGCGUGUAAAAGGAGCUUUUGAUGGUUCGUGAGGUCAGUCUAAAAACUACCAAAGGUAUUUAAGGAUUUGUGUUUCCGUCUCAUGUACUGAGUCUUUUAUCCCUUUCAUCCUCAGUUUUAUCAUUCGACGCGUUUCAGGAAGAUCAUUUCUUCGAAUUAUCGUGCUGUGUCUUUCACUGAUUUGCCGCGAGUUAAUGAAUUGGGUUCUUUACUGGAUGUAAAGUUGAUAAUUCUGGCCGCCUACCGCAAAAAUGCCGCACUAUAUUUACGUGGAUCCCUUUCCCUUGUUAAGGAGAUUCAUAUGCCUUUUUUCAUUGAUCUGUAGCAUGUCUGCCGCGUAGUUUUUCAGUUUUGAUUCCAACCUUUUCAGAAUUUUACGUAGGUUGACUAUUCUGAAUUGCAGCUGUGAUAUUUUUCGACAUGAAGGUGAUCGUCACAGGUGCAUCGGGUUGCCUUGGUCAAUAUCUCGUUAAACUGCUCAUCGAAAAUGCUGACGAAGUGAAGGAAAUAGUGGCUGUUGAUGCCCGGAAGUUUUGUCCAACGAUCCAAAUGAAUUUGGAUUUGAAGAAAUUCUUGUUCGUGGAAUGUGAUAUCCGAGAAGUUUCGAAAAUGGAGCCGCUGUUCAAAGGCGUUGACUGCGUUUUCCACACGGCUGCUCUUGUCAGCAUCGGUCACUUUCCCGAUCGUGCUGGAAUGAAGGAUAUUAAUGAGAAUGGCACUCGCAUUGUUGUGGAGCUGAGCCGUAGAUUCAACGUUCCAUACCUCGUGUACACGUCAACUGCGGACGUGAUGAUGGGAAGAAAGGGCAAUCUAGUGAAUGCGACGGAAGCGUUGGUGUUGCCGCCGCCGGAUCUGAAAUUCAUGAUCCACCCUUACGCUUUGACCAAAUUCAUGGCCGAGAACAUCGCACUUUCAGCCGACGGACUUACUUUGAAUGACGGGAAGAGAGUCCUUCGCACGCUUUCGUUGCGUCCAGCAACCUUGUACGGUGAAGGAGAUCGACAUUUCGUCGUGAACACCAUGCUACAAGCCAAGGCUAGUGGUGGAGUCCUGAACAGAAUGGGACCAUCUUCGGCGAAAUUCGCUGCUGUCUACGUUGGAAAUGCGGCGUGGGCGCACAUAGUUGCGAUGCGUGCCCUGAUGCAGCGUCCGGGCGAGGUCGCCGGAGAAGCAUACGUCAUCACGGACGACACUAAACCGCAGAACAUCUUCGAUUUCCUGACCCCGUUUUACACUGCCCGAGGCUUCACUGUGUCGGAUCGAUCCGUGCCCUAUUGCAUUGUGAUACUGUUUGCCUUCGUAUUUCAAUGCUUUGUUUGGCUAUUGAGUUGGGUGUGGAAAUGGAAAUCGGCUCCCAUCCCGCCUGUGAACGAGUUGCGAUAUUGCGGACACACGUACACGUUCAAUAUCUCGAAGGCUCGGGAACGAUUGGGGUAUGCACCCUUGUUUAGUUUUGAUGACGGGCUGAGGAAUUCCAUCCAGUUCUAUUCAGAUGUGAAGAUCUGAAUUGAAUGAGAAAAGGUCAGACGUCUACGGGUUGGUGCGGGCUUUGCUCAAUCAAACUAUCCGUCUUUUUUGUUUUUGUCUUUCUUUCUGGAAAUCCCAAAAAUGGCUAUCUGGUGAGGAAUGACGUUGUGGAUCGUUGAACAGUGUAUUUUAUGAGCACUUUGCCUUGUCAUACAGUAUUUUGGUGUUGAUUAUUUCGUUAUCUUGAGGCUAAAUUUUGACUGCAGUUUUUUUUUAGAGGGUCACACGAUGGGUGCGAUUGUUUAUUUAUUUCGAAAAAAAUUUGGUUGUGAUGAUGAGCACAAAGCGCAGACUGGGAAAAUUCUAAGGUUCUAAAUUUCGAGUUCCCUGUUUUGAGGGGUUGGAUUUUAUGUCUUGUCACGUGAUCAAGUACACGAAAUUCUUCUGACGUCAAAUGCAAGCAUGAUUCAUUGAAAUGUCCGAA